AUGACAAACACAUGCAAUUACGAUGAUGAAGCAAAGCUAACACCGAUAAACACGUGUCUUAAAGGUAAAUUGGUAAAAGAAACUAUUUUUCCUGAUAAAAAAAUUAAGAAUUUAGAAAAGUGUCCGUUUAAUGUGGGCAUGGCAAAAUCGUACCCUUACUCAUCUAUAGACAACACAGAAACUCUACAAAAUCUACAGCCGAUUAACGAAUCCCAGAUCCGGGGCUCCGAUUUAGAAAUUAUCAAAAUAAUUUCUCAUUACCUCAACGCCUCUCUAAACUUAUACUACAUUUAUAGCGUAGACGAUAAUUCUUACAAAAAUCUUGAAUAUGUUCCCCUCCUUCUGAACGGCACCUUCGACGCUUGCGCCGGGGGUCUGUACAGGAUAUACGGAGAUUUGGUUUCCUACUCAGGGAUUUACAACCGACAGGUAGUGGUCUGGGUGUACGCCGUCCAGAGAGACCCCGUGUCCUGGCAGACCCUCAUCACUAAAAUAAGCGGUUUUUACAUUUUUAUUCUAUUUUAUUUUUGCUACUGCUUCAUCUGGAUAACGUUCUGCAAUGUCGAUCACGUCACUGUAUCUUGUCGAAACACCUUUCUAAAUGGCUGGGGCGCAUUGAUGGGCACAUCAUCCUUACAAGAUUCGACUACUUUCAAGCAAAGACUUUUAAGCGUUUCCUAUUUAAUACUCUGUCUCCAUCUAUCGGCUUAUAUUGGUGUCCAAUUGUAUUCAUUUUUUACGAUUCGCGAACCUCCCGCGAUGCUUAAAACUAAUGAUCAAAUUAUGGAAUCUGGUCGAACGGCUUUUCUAAUAAUGGAUUCAAAAUUUUUUGUGGAAGACGAAAAGUAUUUGGCUUUUGCGAAUAAAUCAGAAAACUGUGCACACUUUAAAGACUGCGAAGAGAAGACGAUGGUUCACAGCGGCCUGACCGUCAUUCCCGAGGCAUACUUCUACUCGCUUCAAGCCGCCACCGCCGUGGACCACGAGGCGCGGGUGCUUAGAACGGCAGAAAAUAUUGUCACUAUGUAUCAUGAAAUGAUAGUUAGAAAAAAUAGUCCGUUUUCUGAUAAAUUUGAGAAAAUUGUUCAAAGGCUUUUUGAAGCUGGAAUUUGUGAUCGUCUGUAUCUGGAGGCAAUCGGUUUGUUAAUCGAGGCUAAGGCACAGAGCGCGAACUCUAACAUUAUGGUCAAUAGUUACACAUGCGAAUCUGGAUGCGCAAUAACAGUUUCGCAAAUAGCAGGAGCAAUCUAUGUUUGGUCUUUAGGCUGUCUUUUAUCUUUUUUUGUAUUUGUGCUAGAAGUAGCAGUAAACAAAAAAAAACCCUAA